AUGGCCAAGAAGCCCGCGCAAAAGAAGCCCUCGGGCGCCAAGAAGGUUGGACGCAAGUCCAAGUCCGAAACCUACAAGAUCUACAUCUACAAGGUCUUGAAGCAAGUGCACCCGGACACCGGUAUCUCCUCCAAGGCGAUGUCCAUCAUGAACUCGUUCAUCAACGACAUCUUCGAGAAGAUCGCCACGGAAGCCGCCAAGCUCGCGCGAUACAACAAGAAGCCGACGGUCACGUCCCGCGAAAUCCAAACCGCGGUCCGAUUGAUCUUGCCGGGUGAACUCGCCAAGCACGCCGUCUCCGAAGGCACCAAGGCCGUCACCAAGUUCACCUCCGCGUAA